AUGGCGGCCGAGAACUACCGCAGCUCGGCUGCAAACGGACGCGGGAAACGACAAGUUACCACCCCUGCCUCCAUCAGCAACUUCGGAGAUGAUCUGCUGGUGGAUGUUCUUAUCCGCCUUCCAAACCCUAGAUCCGCCUUCCGGUGCAAAUCCAUCUGCAAGCGCUGGAAUUCCAUCAUCUCCGCUCCUUGCUUCUCUCGCCGUUUGGUUUCUCACCAGCGGACUAUUUCCGCCGGCGAACCCCCUCUACUACUUCCCUCAGAUUGCGACGAAUUGAUGUCCAGCUUGCUACCUGUGCCUAGCGAUGAAAUCCGAUCCCGCUCCUACGUUUCGGAUUGCUUCAAGGACCUGCUCUUGGUCGGGUUCAGCAAGUGGAAGUACGACGAACUGGGCCGAACAUUCAUCCUCUGCAAUCCGUUUACGAAGCAAUGGGUAGCUCUUCCUUUAGCGCCUCCGCUGGAACAUCGAUGUGAGAAUGCAAGAUUAGUGUGCGAGGCCGGUAACUCUAUUACUCUGGAUUCGGGCGACGGGGAAGGAGAAGUAAUCACUCAUAGUUCCGACUAUCGAUUUCGCGUGGUGCGUAUGUAUAGACGAGAAGAUCCAAUUGCUGUAAUCCUCGACGUGUUCUGUUCGAAUUCGGUUGAAUGGACGAAAGUGGUUCUUGAUUUGGAUUACAACCCAUCAAAUUGGCUGAGGCAUUUACACAAGGUUGUAGUCUCGUUUGAUGGAAAACUAUACUGGAUGACUUGGAUGGGUCAGGUGGUUGAGUGGAAUCCUUUUCGCCUGGAGAAGGAUAAUCGUCCUCGAACUUUGAUCCGUUUGCCAUCCCAUCAGUCCCCCUCCAUUUGUGUCUCGCAGGGUGCUCUGUACAUUAUUAACAUGGAAGGUACUCGGCCUCCAGGCCGGGUGAAACAAGUGGAUGGCUUGAUCGUUUGGAGGCUGGAAGAAGAAGGCUGGAAGAGGCAUUUCGAAGUGUCGUUCAAGAAGUUAAUGUGUGGUGUUGUUAUUGACGAAUGCGGUCUCGAUAUCAAGUGCUCGGAGCUAGUGAGGCUUGUUGUCGUGGGUCAACAUUCACAGAAGCCGGAAGUUAUCUAUCUGAAAGGUUUUUAUCCCAAGAGCGAUCGUUAUGUCAUCCUCUCGUGCAAUUUGAGCGUGGAAGAGUUGGAGUUCUUGGCUCGUGGAAGACAGCACUAUAAUCAUAUGGUUUUCCAACCAAGGAUGGAUCUCUGGCCUACCGCGAUUCCAAACUACGAGAGAUUACAGGGUAUCGAGAGCUGGGUUAAACCCAAGCGUGCGUCAAAUUGUUCCACCUCCAUUUGCAGCUCGCAGGGUGCUCUGUACAUGAUUGACAUGGACAGCGAAAUGGAUAGUUUGAGUGUUUGGAGACUAGAAAAAGAAGAAGGUUGGAGGAGACAUUAUGAAGUCUCGUUGAAGUACAACAUUCCGGCUACCGACAAAUGGGAUAGUAAAAUUAAGUGCUCAGAGUUAGAGGCGCUCAAUGUUGUUGGUCAACAUUCACACAAGCCGGAAAUUAUAUAUCUUACAGCUUUUCAUCCCGACAAAGAAUGUUAUGUUCUCCUCUCGUGUAAUUUGAGGAUGAAAGAGCUGGAGUUCUUGGCUUAUCGCGAUAAACAAUGUAAUAGAAUGGUGUUCCCACCGAGAAUUGAUAUCUGA